UACAGAGACAAAACAAUGGCAGCUACUCACCAUGUCCGUUCUAACAGCUUUCCCUCGAGGCCACACCCUCAAUCAGCUCUUGUAGAGGAUCAUUUGAUCAGAUUGAGAUCCUCUGAAGCAGCCUCUACAUCUUCUUCCUUUUCCAUCUGCCAGAGACUAAACGGCCUUCAAGAUUUGUACGCUUCCAUUUACGAUAUGCUUCAGCUACCCUUCACCCAACAAUCUCUGGCUCAGGAGAAGAACAAGGAAUCAAUCGAACAGAUUCUUGAUGGUUCUCUCAGGCUCUUGGAGGUCUGCAACAUCGCCAAGGACGCUUUGUCUCAGACUAAAGAGGGUCUGAAUGAAAUCCAAUCGAUAUUGAGAAGAAAGAGAGGAGAUUUAACAAGCGAGGUGAGGAAAUACUUAGCCUCGAGAAAGUCCCUAAGAAAGUCACUGGAGAAAGUGAUGAAGGGUUUGAAGGCCACUGAGAAUCAAAGCAGCAAAGAUGGAGCUUUGGCUGUGUUGGAAGAAGCUGAAGCUGUCACUGUCUCUGCUUUCGAUACUCUUCUGCGGUUCAUCUCCAGCUCCAAGUCCGGAAAAUGGUCAUUGGUUUCAAGGCUGAUGAAGCAGAGAAGAGUUUCAUCAUGUGAAGGAGAGGCCAUUGAAGCAAAUGAAUUUGAACAAGUGGAUAAAGCAUUCACCAUGUUUGUCGAGAAAAAGUCGAAGCAGUCCUUGAAAGUGGAGGAUGUUCAAAGCUUAGAGAUGAGCAUUCAAGAUCUUGAAGAGGGACUUGAGACACUCUUUAAAUCCAUGAUUAGAGUUAGAGCCUCUGUACUAAAUAUGUGAUC